CCAGCAGAGGCAGAAGGCGAGCUGGAGGGAGAUCUGUCCGAAACAGACGCCAUCCGUCUGAAGAAAAGGAAGAAGGCAGCCAGGAAACUUCGCGAGGGGAAGAUUCCGAAAAUGCGCAGGCAGCGUAAAGAGAUGCUGGACCUGAGCGGCGAGGGCUCGCCCGACGGGCUGGGCUUCGGGCUGGGCGAGGGAGAGCGCUCGGACAGCGAGGGCAGCGACUACGCGCCGGGCCGGAAAGUCAAGAAGAAACUGAAGGAGAAGAAGGAGAAGAGGAACAAACUGAAGAGGCGGGAGGAGCUGGAGGGCCAGGACGACGACGACGAGGACGACGGCUCGAAGGAGCCCAAGUCGUCUGCUCAACUGCUUGAGGACUGGGGAAUGCAGGACAUCGAUCACGUUUUCUCCGAGGACGAUUACCGUACCCUCACCAACUAUAAGGCCUUCAGCCAGUUUGUCAGGCCGCUGAUUGCCCAGAAGAACCCCAAGAUCGCCGUCUCCAAGAUGAUGAUGGUGCUGGGGGCCAAGUGGCGGGAGUUCAGCACAAACAACCCCUUCAAGGGGCAGUCGGGGGCCUCGGCCGCGGCGGCUGCGGCCGCGGUGGCCGCCGUGGUGGAGAGCAUGGUGGCCUCGUCCGACGCCAUCCUCCCCACCCCUCCCGCCGCCGACGCCCCCCUCCGCAAGGCCAAGACCAAGGAGGGCAAAGGUCCCAACGCCCGGAAGAAGACGAAGAGCCCCAAGACCCUGGGGUCCGAUCUCAAGAAGAGGCCCAAAGGCAAGAAGGUGGCCCCGCUGAAGAUCAAACUCGGGGCCUUCGGGAGCAAGCGGAAGCGAUCGUCGAGCGAGGACAACGACCUGGACGUGGACUCGGACCUGGAUGACGCCAGCAUCAACAGCUUCUCGGUGCCCUCGGACGGCUCGACCGGCCGGGCCAGCCGCUGCCGCAAGAGGGGGCGGGGACUGAAGAACAAGAAGCGAGGGGACGAGGAGGGAGAUGGCUACGAGACGGACCACCAGGACUACUGCGAGGUCUGCCAGCAGGGGGGCGAGAUCAUCCUGUGCGACACCUGCCCCCGGGCCUACCACAUGGUCUGCCUUGACCCCGAGAUGGAGAGGGCCCCCGAGGGCAAGUGGAGCUGCCCCCACUGCGAGAAGGAGGGCGUGCAGUGGGAGGCGAAGGAGGAGAACUCGGAGGCAGAGGGCGAGGGCGAGCUGGAGGAGGAGCGGGAGGCGGGCCCCGAGGACGAGGAGGAGGAGGAUGACCACAUGGAGUUCUGCCGCGUCUGCAAGGACGGCGGGGAGCUGCUCUGCUGCGACGCCUGCCCCUCGUCCUACCAUAUCCACUGCCUGAACCCGCCCCUGCCCGAGAUCCCCAACGGCGAGUGGCUGUGUCCGCGAUGCCUGUGCCCGCAGAUGAAGGGGAAGGUCCAACGCAUCCUCCACUGGAAGUGGGGCGAGCCCCCGCCCCCCACGCCCGUGCCCCGGCCCCUGGACUCGGACCCCGACGCCCCCCCGCCCAAGCCCCUGGAGGGCCGUCCCGAGCGCCAGUUCUUCGCCAAGUGGGUGGGUCUCUCCUACUGGCACUGCUCCUGGGUCAGCGAGCUGCAGCUGGAGCUGUACUGCUCGGUGAUGUUCAGGAACUACCAGCGGAAGACGGACAUGGACGAGCCGCCGUCGGUCGACUACGGCGUGGACGACGACAUCAAGAGCAGUAAGAGGAAGCAGAAGGACCCGCAGUACGCGGACCUGGAGGAUCGCUUCUUCCGCUACGGCAUCAAGCAGGAGUGGAUGAUGAUUCACCGGGUCCUUAACCACAGCAUCGACAAGAAGGGGACCGUCCACUACCUGGUGAAAUGGAGGGACCUGCCCUACGACCAGGCGUCCUGGGAGAGCGAGUACAUGGAGAUCCCCGAGUUCGACAUGUAUAAGCAGUUGUACUGGAACCACAGGGAGCUGAUGAUGGGGGACGAGGGCCGACCGGCCAAGAAGCUGUACAAGAAAUCCAAGAAGGGCUCGCGGGAGAUCCGCCUGGACCGGCCGCCGGAGAUCCCUCUGGUGGACCCGAACUGCAAGUACGACAGCCAGCCCCCCUACAUCGACGAGACGGGGGGCUCCCUCCACCCCUACCAGCUGGAGGGCCUGAACUGGCUGCGGUUCUCCUGGUCGCAGGGGACGGACACCAUCCUGGCCGACGAGAUGGGCCUGGGCAAGACCGUACAAACCAUCGUCUUUCUGUACUCGCUGUACAAGGAGGGACACUCGAAGGGCCCGUUCUUGGUCAGCGCUCCCCUCUCCACCAUCAUCAACUGGGAGCGGGAGUUCGAGCUGUGGGGGCCGGACAUGUACGUGGUCACCUACACCGGGGACAAGGAGAGCAGGGCGGUCAUCCGGGAGAACGAGUUCUCGUUCGAGAACAACGCCAUCCGCGGCGGGAAGAAGGUCUUCAAGAUGAAGAAGGAGGCCCAGAUUAAGUUCCACGUCCUGCUGACGUCCUAUGAGCUGGUGACCAUCGACCAGGCCAUCCUGGGCUCCAUCGAGUGGGCCUGCCUCGUGGUGGACGAGGCCCACCGGCUGAAGAACAACCAGUCCAAGUUUUUCAGGAUACUGAAUGGCUACCCCCUCCAGCACAAGCUGCUCCUGACGGGCACCCCCCUGCAGAACAACCUCGAGGAACUCUUCCACCUCCUCAACUUCCUCACGCCCGAGCGGUUCAAUAACCUGGAGGGGUUCCUGGAGGAGUUUGCGGACAUCGCCAAGGAGGACCAGAUCAAGAAGCUGCACGACAUGCUGGGCCCGCACAUGCUGAGGAGGUUGAAGGCCGACGUCUUCAAGAACAUGCCCUCCAAGACCGAGCUGAUCGUCCGCGUGGAGCUCAGCCCCAUGCAGAAGAAGUACUACAAGUACAUCUUGACGCGUAACUUCGAGGCGCUGAACGCCCGGGGUGGGGGCAACCAGGUCUCCCUCCUCAACGUGAUGAUGGAUCUCAAGAAGUGUUGCAACCACCCGUACCUCUUCCCGGUGGCGGCCAUGGAGGCCCCCAAGAUGCCGAACGGGAUGUUCGACGGGACCAUGCUGGUCAGGGCGUCCGGGAAGCUGCUGCUUCUGCAGAAGAUGCUGAACAAGCUGAAGGCCGCCGGUCACCGCGUCCUCAUCUUCUCCCAGAUGACCAAGAUGUUGGACCUGCUGGAGGAUUUCCUCGAGCACGAGGGCUACAAGUACGAGCGGAUAGACGGGGGCAUCACAGGGAACCUCCGACAGGAAGCCAUCGACCGCUUCAACGCCCCCGGGGCCCAGCAGUUCUGUUUCCUCCUCUCCACGCGGGCGGGCGGCCUGGGCAUUAACCUGGCCACGGCCGACACCGUCAUCAUCUACGACUCCGACUGGAACCCCCACAACGAUAUCCAGGCCUUCAGCCGUGCCCACCGCAUCGGCCAGAACCGCAAGGUGAUGAUCUACCGGUUCGUGACGCGGGCCUCGGUGGAGGAGCGCAUCACCCAGGUGGCCAAGAAGAAGAUGAUGCUGACGCACCUGGUGGUGCGGCCCGGCCUGGGCUCCAAGUCCGGCUCCAUGUCCAAGCAGGAGCUCGACGACAUCCUCAAGUUCGGCACCGAGGAGCUCUUCAAGGACGAGAUGGAGAACGUCAAGAGCGUGGCCGUGGGGGUGCCCGUCAAAGGCGAGAGCAAAGAAGGGGAGGACCUGAACGUUAUCCACUACGACGACGAGGCCAUCGAGCGUCUGCUGGACCGCAACCAGGACGACACGGAGGACACCGACCUGCAGAACAUGAACGAGUACCUCAGCUCCUUCAAGGUGGCGCAGUACAUGGUGCGGGAGGAGGCCGAGGAGGAGGAGCAGCCGCUGGAGCGGGAGAUUAUCAAGCAGGAGGAGAGCGUGGACCCGGAUUACUGGGAGAAGCUGCUGCGACACCAUUACGAGCAGCAGCAGGAGGACCUGGCCCGGCACCUGGGCAAGGGCAAGCGUAUCCGCAAGCAGGUUAACUACAACGACGCCUCGCAGGAGGACCGAGCAGACUGGCAGGACGACCAGUCCGACAACCAGUCGGACUACUCCGUGGCCUCCGAGGAGGGGGACGAAGACUUCGACGAGCGGACCGAAGCCGGCCGGCGACCGAAUCGCAGAGCCCUGCGUAACGACAAGGACAAACCCCUGCCGCCCCUCCUGGCCCGCGUGGGGGGCAACAUCGAGGUCCUGGGCUUUAACGCCCGCCAGCGGAAAGCCUUCCUGAACGCCAUCCUCCGGUACGGGAUGCCCCCACAGGAUGCCUUCACCUCCCAGUGGCUGGUCCGUGACCUGCGGGGCAAGACCGAGAAGGAAUUCAAGGCCUACGUGUCUCUGUUCAUGCGCCACCUCUGCGAGCCGGGCGCAGACGGCUCGGAAACGUUCGCUGACGGCGUGCCCCGCGAGGGCCUCUCCCGCCAGCACGUGCUGACCCGAAUCGGAGUGAUGUCCCUGAUCCGCAAGAAGGUCCAGGAGUUCGACCACAUCAAUGGCCACUGGAGCAUGCCCGAGCUGGCACAGGAGGCCACCGACAGCAAGAAGUCCUCGCGCUCGAGCUCGCCGCUGUCCAAGACGCCUGGGGCCUCCACCCCAGGGGAGACCCAGCCGAACACGCCCUCCCACCCAACAGAAGAGGGGCGUAAAACUCAGGGAUCGGAGGCGGACGGAGAGGAUCAGAAAAAUGGAAAGAUGGACGUUUCACCUCCAGCGGACUCCGGCAAGCCCCCGAAAGCAGAGGAGCCGGCGGAAGAUCGUCCUGACCCCAAGCCCAAACCCCCAGAGUGCACGGACGUUGAGAUGAAAGACUUGGAUGAAGAUAAAACAGAAAAAGUCACAGCUUCAGAGAGUCCGGAGGUCAAAGCAGAGGUGAAGCCGGUGCCGGAGGACGGGGAGGAGAAGGAGAAGGACAAGGACAAGGAGAAGGAGAAGCGGGAACAGCGGGAGGAGACGGUGGCGGAGGGCCACCUGCAGAACGGGGAGGUCGCCCCGCCGAAGGAGAGCGCGGAGGUCGUGACCCGCAAGCCCGAGAAGGUGGAGAAGCAACGGUUCAUGUUUAACAUCGCCGACGGCGGCUUCACCGAGCUCCACUCGCUGUGGCAGAACGAGGAGCGCGCGGCCACCGUCACGGGCAAGACCUUCGAGAUCUGGCACCGGCGACACGACUUCUGGCUGCUGAUGGGGAUCGUCACACACGGGUAUGCGAGGUGGCAGGACAUCCAGAACGACCUGCGGUACGCCAUCCUCAACGAGCCCUUCAAGGGCGAGAUGAACCGGGGCAACUUCCUCGAGAUCAAGAACAAGUUCCUGGCUCGGAGGUUCAAGUUACUGGAACAGGCGCUGGUGAUCGAGGAGCAGUUACGGAGGGCCGCCUACCUGAACAUGUCGGAGGACCCCAGCCACCCCUCCAUGGCCCUCAACACGCGGUUCGCCGAGGUGGAGUGCCUAGCCGAGAGCCACCAGCACCUCUCCAAGGAGUCCCUGGCGGGCAACAAGCCCGCCAACGCGGUCCUGCACAAAGUGCUCAAACAGCUGGAGGAGCUGCUGAGCGAUAUGAAGGCCGAUGUCACCCGGCUGCCCUCCACCAUCUCCCGCAUCCCGCCGGUGGCCGUCCGCCUGCAGAUGUCGGAGCGCAGUAUUCUCAGCCGCCUGGCCACACGUAGCAGCGAGCUACAGACGCCGCAGCUCCCGCAGGUAUGAGAGGACCAACAUUCCAAGACGUCGGCUGUCGACCUGCUGCCAGUCAUUCCAGUGGCCCGGAUCACCCCUCCCGCUGAGGCCCCGUUUCCCCCCCCCCACCCACCCGCGGGGUCCUUCUGGACCGAGAGAGAGAGGUGGGGGGUGGGGCGACAGCGAGACCUGUCGACGGAAGUCCUCCCUCCCCACCCACCCCCUCCCUCCCCUCCCUCCUUCCCUCUCACUUCUCCGUCAUUCCCCCCCCCCCACCACGACGGGCCUCGGCGACGAGCUGGGACGACUGGGCUCUUUGGCAGACAAUUAUUUAACACACUUGACCCCCCACCCCACCCCUCACUCACCCUCCCUCCCCCGUUCCAGCGGACUAUAUGUCCCUUUUCUCUCUCUCUCCCCCACCCUCUCUCUCUCUCUCUCUGUCCCCCCAACCCACCGGCCACCACAAACUCCCCUCCCCCCCCCCCCACCUCCGUCUCCCGGUGAGUGAACACGUGG